GAUCCACCUCCUCAUAACUAGUGACUUUAAACUCUCCUUAAUCAUCAUCAUUCCUGAUUCCUCAUUCCCCCUUCCCCUCUCACUCUUCACCCCUCUCUCUCCUCUCUUCUCUCUUUCUCUCAUUCUCUCCACGGUGUCUGUCUUUGCUUGGACAUCCUGUUGAUUCUUUUUCCUCCAUCUGUAAAGAUCCCUGAGAUUUGUAGUGUAUCCUCAACCAAUUCUGUGAUCCUCAUUGAUAACUCAAUUAUCCAUUCUCAUUAUUCUCACUAUUAUUUGAUUCGAUUAUUCUAUUGUUUUAUUACUCAUUGAUGAUUCUUGAUUGUUCAAUUGCACUAUAUUAUUGAAGUCCCAAGUUCCACGAACCCCCUGAUCCCACCCCGUCCUGCUGCUUUAAGCUUGGCCUAGUCCUCCAAUUGGACCCGCUGUUGCUGUCCACCUUUAGGCGCUUCUCUUUCUGCGCAAAACUCCCGACCACUUGGGCCCCGACUCUUGUCCCUGCUCCCGAUUUUUGUACGGUUGUUUGCUGCUACUACUACUACCUGCCUACCUACCUAUCCUUUGCGAUUGUUUCUCCGACUGCUGCGUGCGAUUUCGUCCCGCUGCCACGGCUCUUCUUGGGAUAGCUUCGACCUCCCGUUUCCAUCGCUCCCCCUUCUUUUCCUCCCACGCAUAUUUUGCGCUCGAUCCGCCGUGAUGGCUUCAAAGUUCCUCCGAGAAUACAAGUUGGUGGUCGUCGGUGGUGGUGGUGUCGGAAAGUCGUGCUUGACGAUUCAAUUGAUCCAGAGCCACUUCGUCGACGAAUAUGACCCAACGAUCGAAGAUUCGUACCGCAAGCAGUGCGUUGUCGAUGAUGAAGUCGCCUUGCUCGACGUCUUGGAUACCGCUGGACAGGAGGAAUACUCGGCGAUGCGUGAACAGUACAUGCGGACUGGCGAGGGCUUCCUGCUCAUCUACUCGAUCACCUCGCGACAAUCCUUCGAAGAAAUCAUGACCUUCCAGCAGCAGAUUCUCCGAGUGAAGGACAAGGAUUAUUUCCCCAUCAUCGUUGUCGCUAACAAGUGUGAUUUGGAGAAGGAACGUGCCGUGACGGAGCAAGAGGGUGAAGCACUGGCCCGCCAGUUCGGCUGCAAGUUCAUCGAAACCUCCGCCAAGUCUCGCAUCAACGUCGAAAACGCCUUCUACGAGCUCGUCCGGGAGAUCCGCCGCUACAACAAGGAAAUGUCGUCGUACCCGUCCGGAUCGGGUGCGUUCGGGUCCCGCGCGCCGGAGGGCAAGAUGGACAUGAGCGAGCCCGGCGACCACGCGGGCUGCUGCGGAAAGUGCAUCGUGAUGUAAUGGAAGUGGACUGAGCAUCGAAAUAUCGAAAUUGCCAGGAAAACACGAAUGCGCCCCUCAACGAGACGCGAAACUGGAAGCGAAAAACACACCUGCGAUUAUACAUUUUUUUUAAAGAAAGAGAAAUUGACGACGCGACAAUGUCACUUCCUCUCCUCCGCCCCUCCCCCGAAGAAUUGCGAGCGCGCGUGUGUGACUGAUUGAUGUGAUGGAUGGAUGGGUUCGGGAUUGGAUUGUGACAUUAUACCAUACGAAGGCUCGCUCGCUGUCAGAUGGAGUCUGCUCACCCUAAUGCUAUCACCGUCUCCAUGAAUGUUCGAUUCCCCCUUUGUUCCUGUUUUUUUAUCAUUUAUUUUAUCUAUUUUAUACUUUUUUUUUUUUUUGGAUGGAAGAUUUCUUCGUCAUGAUCAUCCCUAUUGUUAUAUUUGACAGAAUGGGCAGAAAUAAGGAAAGCUACGGGCCUGUUGAUAGAAUCUGUGCAAUCUACAUAUGUAUUGCUAUGGUUGUAUUCUUCAUCUAUCGUGGGUAAAUAGACAAAACAUCGACUCU